ACGUCUUUAUCCACAAUAUUUAUGAUAACAGGACGGUAUUACGCAUCAAGCUUAUUUUAUGGACAGUUUGUGUUAAGAAAUCUAAAUAAUAUUGUUAUAUUGGACUAGCAUUACAGAUCAAGUUCCUUUCCACGUUAUUGCAUGUGCUUUCAAAGUAUUCAGACAUUCGUUUCCUUCUGUUUCCGUCCUAGCCUUCAUUACAAAUACCCUAGGUUUCGACAGCUAACAAAUAGACAUAUGAACACGCACCAUUUCACGGUUUGCGACAUGAUUUGCAUCGCCAAUUUUUUAUACUAGGCAGUUUGUCCGUGGUAAAGUCCAGCUCUACUCUCAAACCUGAUAUUUACCCACCACCUGUUAAACAAUAGCAAAUAUACUGCAUCAUGACAACCAUCGAAUUGUAGUCAGGAAAGUCUGUUUUAUAAACAAUACAUACCAGUAGAUGACAAUGCGAGACCAACACGGAAAUAGACACAGUUACAUGCUAGUCCUUAUCUAGUAAUGCGGCAAUCUAUGUGGCACAUACGUAGAUAAGGAAAGACCGAGGAAGAACAUGUCUACCAACGUCGUUUGUCUGGUGCUUCUGGCACUGGUAUCAGCUGGGGAAGCGGGUGCGUGCCAUGAUGGCUGGCAGUCAUUCAGGGAAUCAUGCUACCUUUUCUCAAGGGAGAAGGAUAACUGGGCAAUGGCGAACUUCAACUGUCAAUUAUUUCCACAGUGAAUUAGUAACUAUUACUGAUGCCGAUGAAAACAACUUUCUGAAAUCAGAACUUAUGCGCCUUCAUCAAAACGACCCGCACAAGAACGGAAUGUGUUACUUCACCAGUGGAACAGAUACACACGUGGAGGGCGAAUGGGAGUGGGCCACCAAUGAACAAAGGUUUACAUUCACGGACUGGUACCCUGGCGAGCCCAAUAAUAAUUACCAGGGCAGAUUGGAAAACUGUCUAUGUUUGUACGGAUAUCACGACUUCCGUUGGAACGAUGAGCCAUGUGAGCUCCAAAACCACUUCAUCUGCCGGGCAGAACAAGCUAACCACAACACCGAGGUGAUAGGCUAAAUGGUAUUGAAGUCCCGUAAACAACCCAGUCACAGACGGUACACACUUUACGUCUUUGUUCAGAACUCAUAAGUAAACUCUGACUUAAUUGAGUCAAUUUAUUAUCAAUAAUCAUUUUUUAUCAUUUAAUGUGAAAGUUGCAAUUGAUAUAUUUGCCUUUCACUGCUACAUACAGGUAUUAAAUACGUCAAAAAAAAAUAUUUGUCUUUACAAACUUCUUGUGUCUAGUGUGCAAACACUUGUUAGUAAGUAUAACCCAAUGACGACUAAAAGGACCUUGUGACAUUUCAAAUUGAGAUAUACACAGGGAACAAUGCCGCAAAGUUUUCAUAUAUCAUAUGGAAUAAAAAAAAAAUAAUGGACUGACUGGAUUUUACGAGUUUAUAGUCGUAUACGAACAGUGAUCAGAAUGGGAAGUCAUGGAUUAGAUUACUAAUAAUCAUUUGUAUCAAGUUCAUUUCAGACAAAAUUCUCAACAAAAGUACUACAUUAAUGCACAGUGUCCCAUAACUAAGUGAUGGGAAGAAAACGAGAACAUAGAACGAGGACGUAAUUAUUUAGAGAAUGUGGAUUUCAUGAGUUUCAGUAAAAACAUUAACUCACAAAUAACAAUGCAUGUUAUAACACUUGUCCCAGACGCCCAGACGCACUCGCACCCAAUCAAAAAUGAAACCAUACGAAAGUAAUAUAUAAAAGAUACAUAAGAACUAAUGUGCUAUAAAUAAAAAAAAUAUUAAGAACAUCUCUUCUCUCUACAUUCAAACACCAAGUGUUAGCAAUGCUUAAGAGUAUAGGAAGCUAAGGAGGGCAAAAUUGUCCCAUGAUUUGUGUAAUUCAUUUAAAUAAAGACACAAUACAACACAACAUUUCACACUUUUAUCACUUAAAUACCACAAGAGUAUUCCUAUUUGAAAGGCACAUUUCACCACAAACGACAUGCUGGUGUGUUGUACCAAGACAGUGGCUAUAUACCCUUACUACGGUCUUUACUACAACAGUAUAUUAACCUCUUCUAACAG